ACGGAGGAGCUGGUGAAAGCGCUGCAGGAUCUUGAAAACGCUGCGUCCGGUGAUGCUGCCGUGAGACAGAAGAUCGCAUCACUGCCACAGGAAGUGCAGGAUGUUUCUCUUCUUGAAAAGAUCACAGAUAAACAGGCGGCAGAUAAGUUGUCAAAGACAGUGGACGAGGCCUGUCUGCUGCUGGCCGAGUAUAACGGACGUCUGGCAGCUGAGUUAGAGGACAGGAGACAACUGGCCCGAAUGCUGACAGAAUACAUACAGAGCCAGAGAGAAGCGCUCAACGAGAGGGAGAAGAAACUGGAGGAAUACAAGCAGAAACUGGCCCGCGUCACACAAGUGAGGAAAGAGCUCAAGUCUCACAUCCAGAGUCUUCCAGACCUUUCUCUCCUACCGAACGUCACCGGCGGUCUCGCUCCUCUCCCGUCCGCUGGAGAUCUGUUUUCCACUGACUGAACAUCUCUAUGAGACUCACAGUCCUGUACGAUCAGACACUGGGUUCCUCCUCACUGACAGAAACAUCAGUAAUGGAGCGAGUGAUGAAGAUCUGCUGUCACCAGCUCAGCUUUUCACACACGUUUGUUUUUCAUUAGUUCUCAUGUCAGCUAAAUCUCACCGAGAUCAAACCCGCCAGUCGAUCCGUCAUUAAACCAGACUCAAGCGUGGAGAUUUUAUUUUGAUGUGACUUUGCUGUGGAAAGCAACUCCCUUUGCUUUGUCUUAUGUUUGUAGGUUUAUAGUUUUACUGCUCCGAGUUUAAUUUAGCUUCAUUUUGGUUUUGGAAGAAACUAAACAUGAGGAUUCAGUUUUAAACACCUCACUGCUGAGUUUGUUAUAACAAGAGAAAUUAAUUAGAAACUUAUGCCCAUCAUUAAACUGUGAUAUAUUUUGGUUACAGACCUGACCUGCUUUUCUUUAAAUGAUUUUGCUGAUAAAUACAACAGAUUUCCUGAUAUUUGUGAGAAGAAUACAGUGUGAUUGCAUUCUCUUCUAUGGUCACUGUAUGUUUACAGUGUCUCUCAUUAAAUACGACACAUUUAACAACAAUUUUUUUUAUACAAGUGAAUCUUUUGGAUUUCAUUGAAUGGAUUGCUGUAUUAUCAGAGGAACAUGUAAAUGAGAUUGUAUGAAGCAUCUGUGAAACAUAAGUGGCCAAACUGUUCAAAACAUUUGUUUAAUUCACAGAUUAGUGGAACCUAUUUAUGUUUAUGCUGUUGAUCACCACCAAAACAAACCAUCAAACACAAAGAAUACAAAAGUGAAGCUUUUUCUAGGUUUCUUGUAAUUCAUCAUUCAAAUCAGCGACAUUGUUUAGCUAAAAAAAAAGCCAUUUUGUCUACAUUAAUGGCUCAUAUCUAUAUCAAAUUUUAAAGACUUCCUGCCAUUUACUUUACUUUCUGGACCCCAUUUAGUUUAAUGGCUCAGGUACCAGUGAGUUGUUUGUGACAACAUGGAUUGCUAUUCAUCUUUUGAAGCAUAAAGAAUAAACUCAUUCUCUUGGUAGUA